CUAGUUGAGUUGUACAAAGUUUGCUUUGAAUAAUUUGCUACAGAAAUUAACCCAAAAAUGUUAUUUACCGUACUCGGAGUAAUAGCUCUCUUCCUGAGAGAAAGAAACAUCAAGUCCACCGUCUCAGGUCAAGAUGAAAGCUUCGACCGUCAAGAAGAAGAACUGGUCACGGUACCCUCCGUGGCCAACAGUGAUGGUCGACAAAUCGGUGACUGGUGUGAAGAAUCAUCUUUGCAUUUGGAAGAACAGAUCAAUAUUCAGACUGAGGAACCAUCACUGGAGGAACCUGUUGAUGGCCAGAGUGAAGAACCAUCACUGGUAGAGCCUGACAGUGUUCACAGUGAAGAACCAUCACUGGUAGAGCCUGACAGUGUUCACAGUGAAGAACCAUCACUGGUAGAGCCUGACAGUGUUCACGGUGAAGAACCAUCACUGGUAGAGCCUGACAGUGUUCACGGUGAAGAACCAUCACUGGUAGAGCCUGACAGUGUUCACGGUGAAGAAUUAUCACUGGUAGAGCCUGUCGAUGGUCACAGUGAGGACUCGGCCAGCUCCUCCAGCAGUGAUGAUGUUCCUCUAAACCUUUUCUACGCUGAGUCCAGCAGUAGUGAUGACUACCCCCAAGAGAUUUACUCAGCCGGAUUCAACUGUAGUAGUGAGCUCACAGUCAGCUCCUACAGCAGCUUCUUCUCUGCCGAGUCCGGCUGUGGUGAUGACGCCUCUACAGAUUUUCUGUCUGCUGAGUCUGGCUGUGGUGAUGACGCCUCUACAGUUUUUCUGUCCGCUGAGUCCGGCUGUGGUGAUGACCCCUCUACAGAAUUUCUGUCUGCUGAGUCUGGCUGUGGUGAUGACCCCCCUCCAAAUGUGGUCUCUGCUAAGCCCGGCUGUAGUCAUGAUGACCCUCCAAAUGUGGUCUCGGCUAAGCCCGGCUGUAGUCAUGAUGACCCUCCAAAUGUGGUCUCUCCUAAGCCCGGCUGUAGUCAUGAUGACCCUCCAAAUGUGGUCUCGGCUAAGCCCGGCUGUAGUCAUGAUGACCCUCCAAAUGUGGUCUCUCCUAAGCCCAGCUGUAGUUAUAACCCCUCUCUAAAUGUGGUCUCUGCUAAGCUCGGCUGUAAAGAUGUUGGUAAAGGUGCAACUUGUCAGACAAAGGGCGCUGUUCCACAUCAGCCAAAAAAGCAGAAGGAUAAAGACAAACACGUCAUUAAGAUCAACUCAAAGUCUUAUGAAAUCGGUGCUGAGCUGGGCAAAGGAAGCUUUGGAACCGUUUUCGCAGCGACCCGUUUACAAGAUGGCUUUCAAGUGGCAGUAAAAAUUGCAGAUUUCAGCGUUAAGCGAUUCAUCCGUGUUGAUGAUUUUGACCAGCCACUUCCAGCGGAGAUCGCUCUGCACUUUCUUGCCACUAAAGGCCCCGAGGUUAAAGAACUCGUUCAGCUUCUGGACUGGAAGGUGGAGGCUAAUCGCUACUUUAUGGUCCUAGAGCUGCCCACACCCUGUGUGAGCGUACGUGAAUUUUUAAGAGAACACGAAGACAGAAUCCAAGAGGAGGUAAUACGGAAAAUCAUGUACCAGGCAACAAUUGCAGCUGACACCUGCUGCAAACGUGGAGUGCUUCACCGCGAUAUCAAGCCUGGCAACUUGCUGAUUAACCCACAGACCUAUGAAGUCAAACUGAUUGACUUUGGUUGUGGUGAACUCCUUACUGACAGCUUUUACAGAAAAUAUCGAGGCACAAUGAAGUUCAGCCCUCCCGAGUUUAAAAGGAAUGGCUAUUACAACGGAGAGCCAGCAACAGUGUGGUCACUCGGGAUUCUUCAGUUUUUGUUAAUGUUAAAAAUUUAUCCAGGCAAGCAUGACAUCCGCAGGAUGAAAAACAAAGAUUUUUACCAAUAUGGAAGGUCAAAAGAAUGCUGUGAUUUCAUCAGCUGUUGUCUGCAGCCUCUGCCCUCUUCCAGGCAUACGUUGAAUGCACUCCUUGACCAUGCCUGGUUUAAGGUAAUGAAAAGACUUUAAAGGAUUUUGUCAUCAGUCAAAUGAAUCUGUCAUGAGCUGAGUUUCCAUUAUAAUGUGAAGCACAUCUUUUCAAAGUUCACUAAAUAUAUAUUUUG